UAUCGGUUAUAGUUGUUUGCAUUAUAUCAGCGUUCUACAUAUUAAAGGUGUACGAAAAAUGGGCUACCACACCGGUUAUUGUUGGUAUAAAUCCCGAACCGAACUUCGUUACAAAUAUACCUUUUCCAGCUGUUACCAUUUGCAAUUUGAACCAGGCAUUGAAAUCGAAGGCGAUCGAAGCAAAUAAAAAUCCUAAACAACGUGCUAUGCUGAAGUUGCUAUGUAAAAAUGAAUCCGACGAGGAACAAUCUACAAUUAGCUCUAAUUGGAGUAAUUUGGAAAGCAUUAUAAUGAAUAUUUCGCAACCCUGUGAGGAUAUGAUGGUGGCUUGUCGUUUUGCAGCCAAUGAAUACGACUGUUCUAAAUACUUCAUACCAAUUAUAACCGAUGAGGGUCUGUGCUGUGUUUUCAAUAUGCUGCAUCCGAAAUUUAUGUUCAUAUCACACAUACCGCGUAGCAUGCGCAACAUACCAGAACGUGACUAUGAGCCUAUUGAUUGGUAUGCCGAGCGGGGUUAUCCCCCUGAUUUACCAAAUAAAUACUACCCACGUCGUAUAGCGGGCACCGGAGAGUCGCUAGGCCUCUCCAUCACGCUCGACGUGGAGGCUGACAAGUAUUACUGCUCGUCCACAAAUAGUGUGGGCUUCAAACUCUCUCUGCACAGUCCGAACGAGUCGCCCAACGUGCACGAGACUGGUGUGUUGAUUGCGCCUGGCAAGGAGACUAAGGUUCGUGUACGCCCUGACAAGACCGAAACGACACAAAAGCUGCGCUCGGUGGAUACCAAAUACAGACGCUGUCUGUUCCAUGAUGAACGACAGCUACUUUACUUUGCACAUUACACCCAGCGCAAUUGUGAAAUGGAAUGCAUUGCUAAAAUGCUUUUAGAACACUGUGGCUGCAUAAGCUUCUAUAUGCCGAAGAUCUACAAGAACUCGACGAUCUGCAACAUACGCUCCUUGCACUGUGUGGAAAUGGUGCGUUUGCGUAAAGAUCCGACGAUCGGUUCGUGUCUGGACGCUUGUUGGCCGAGUUGCUACGAUUUGACUUUCCUUGUAGAUGUCUUUGCAAUACCGUUAUGGAGUGACGAAUUCUUUAUUGAAAAUAAGCGCGUGCAGCGAUACAACAAGACCUAUGCGCGAAAGAAUAUUGCGGUAGUUAAUAUGUAUUUUAAGGAGUACUCCUUUCGCAGCAGCAUACAGACGGAAUUCAUAGGAACCACCGAUUUUUUGUCCGCAGUUGGUGGACUAAUGGGUUUGUUUUUGGGGUUUAGCUUCAUAUCAAUUGUCGAGUUGGUGUACUAUGCCAUCAUACACCCCAUACGUACUUUAUUGCAGUUCGAGUACUCAAGAAAGCCGGAUAUUGCGGAAAAGCUGAUCAGAUGCGACAAGACCACCGUGUGUCGUCAGUGGUCUUCGGUGCAACGUUACAAACGCUUGCGAAAAUACUUACGUUUACGUGCAAUUUAUGGCAAAGCUAAUAAGUCAAACAAGCAAAGGGCUGGUUAUAAACGUUUAAGCAAUAAUGCCGUUAAAUGUAUAACGGACACUUUGAAAAAGGAACAGGACAUAAGGACGUAGACUUGUGAGGUGGAACAGAGGUUGACAUGGCAAUGAAAUAUGCUUUAAUGACAGGCGGUCAAUCGGAAUGACCAAUAACUUAUUGAAUAUGCGAUGACAUUACUUACUAGAUAUGUAUAUUAACUCAUUUUCGACUUCAGUGGGAACUAAUGCUAUUAAUUUAUGUAAUUAACACCUACAGCACAUUUGUAUAUGUGUGGGUAUUACACUUAAGUCACUUUUAAUAUUGUCCAC